UGGGGCUGAAGUUAAUGUAUAUGAUCAUUAUAGCUAUUUUUACAUAUCAUUUUUUUCUUUAUUUUAUUAAUAAAAUAUAUUUUAAUUUUUUUUUCUUAAAUCAGCAGAAUAAGUCAAUGCAGCCACUUCAGCCAGAACUUCAUUAAUUUCAGCAGAAUCAGCCAAAACGGCUGAUUUUCGUGCUACCAAAUGGGCUGUUAAAAGGCAAUGUCAAUAUUAACAAAUUGAAAAUUCAACACAAACAACUGAAUUUCUAUACCCACUCAAAGUAGGCCCAAAGUAAAUUAACCCCGAAAACAACGGAUCAAAAAGAUUGGGCGGCCCAACGAACUAAAGAUCCGCACCCAUAUAACCCAGCCUUAAUAUAUCACACGCCACAUCCUCAUUCCCCAAGAUUCGCCCUAAAACUUCGCCGACAUGCAGAAAUCAUCGCUCCUCCCUCUCUCUCCAACGACUCUCAGCGAUGGCAAGAUAAACCACCAUGAAGGGAUUCAGACCUCAGAAAAAUAGCACUCCGGCCACCAAAACAGGUUCCGAAAAACGCAGCGACGACCCAAACCACGGAAAGGCAGAGGAAGGAGCCAUGGAUCUCGAACGUCAACACCCGGAAACACAGGUAACACUCGUCGUCCACCACCGAACCAAACCCACAAACCCCUACCCGAUCCCUCACAUGCACGCACACACCACACCGAUACACAACCUAUUUUAUUCACAAACAAAACGGAACCGUUUUUUACAGAAAAAACGAACAAAACCUUCAGAUCUGAUUGAUUUUAAUUUAUUUUUUUGUUUGUGUGAACGAAAUAUCAUCGACCAAACUAUUUUCAGGGAUAUAUGGAGUAUUCUUAACAAAAAUAGAUCAGAUCUAAAGAUCCGAUAAUGUCAUCAAACAGCCCUUUCAUUCUAAAAUAACUCACACAGAUCCCCUUCCACGCUCACAUGACACGAAAACUCCAUUUUGAAAAAACUACACGGAUACAUAAAAAGAGAACAUAGCAAACACAGAAAAAACCUGCACUUUGAAGCAUUAUUUUUCAGACGUUUUUUUUAAAUGUGCUACAAAAGGGGUUUACAGCACCUGAUAACAAAAAUAUGAAUUAUUUUGAAAACAAAAGGAUUUGCUAAUUACGCAGACCAAACCGAAUAUUUUCGUGAAUACAUUGAUUGAUAUCAUCAGCUGUGAUUUUCCAUGUCCCUUUAAAAUUUUUAAUCAUAAUGUAGCCACAUACAUUCAAAUCAUACCACUUUCGUAGUACAACAGAAAAAAUAAAUCACUGGAAAAUACACACACGUCCCAUUUAAUUUCUACAAUUUUAAUACGUAGUAUUUGAUUAUUAAACCACUUUGAUUAAAUUAAUUAUUAACCAAUUAAUUACACCAUUUUAAAAAUGAUACCUUUUUUCUCAAAAAUAAAUUUUAAUCAUAUUUAAUUUUUAAUUAUAAUCGUUUUUUCACAUUUACGUAGUACCCUAUUAUUGAAUGGAGAAGGGUCUAGAGUCAAAAAGAAAGUCUGGGACAGACCACUUUACCGACCAAGCAUUAAAUGGAACAGCCCCACCCCCAUUAUUAAAGGUUUCAAAAUUAAAACACGCACCCACUUCAGUAAGUGCCAACAACCCACCCACUCAGAAAUCAUUUAAUAUCCUCACCCACCGAACCCCUACCCACCCAUAUCUGUAAAUUCCAACCGCCUUACUUUUAAUACCAACACAGUCCUACCCCCCCUGCUCCACCCAUCACACUUAACUGCCUCGUAACGCCAAACAAUAUCUCGAGCAGAUCAAAACCUUUGCCUCAGUUUUUUUAAAUUUUAACGACAAACAACAUCACCAAUUUACCACCACACUGCCGUUCACCCACUUUCACAUGACAAAACGGAGAUAAACAUCUGUCUUUUCUAAGAAUCAAAAUCCAAUUCUUACUGCCUACUCCGUAUUAUGUAUGAAAAAAAUCCUUUGUUUAUAUUUCUUACCGGAAACCUCCACUACCUCCUAAAUUCAAAUCUUUUAUCUUAAAUGGAAUGCGAGGAAAUGGGUCAAAGCAUCAACACCAAAGCCUCUAAGACACGCAUCACCGAAGCUGGCUAUUAACACCACAGGCAUGACACCCGGAGAAAGAGAAUGUAUUACCAUCCCCAAGCUCCGCCUCAUAAGGUAUGGAAACAAUUUCAUACAUUUCUAAAGUCGAUCGCAACAACAUAUCACUGAUUAACACUAUUCUUAUAUUUGUAUAAUGCCAUGAGAGGAAUAAAUUAACAGUCUAGAGUUAAGGACAUAAGAGAAUGAGCUCUGAAGGCACACUCUAAAACUCAAGGUUAACAAAAGUCAAGAAGGAUGCCUAAAUGGAAGUAUUCCUCCGCUGCAGAGAUAAUGCUUUCACAGGGGAAAUAUUUCAAUGAUGUGUACAAAGUGACAUGUACACAACACAUUUAUAAUUGCUUCUUCUAUUGUAUAUUUGAAAAUAGUUAUGUGAUUCAUUCUAGCUUAUUCUUACCAUUCUCAUUUGUAAAUGUGAUUAAUAAUCGUAUCAUCCCUUAUGUGCCAAUCUUAGGGACAGAGAUAGCAUUCGAUCAUAUCAAUGUAAUAUACCGAGUAUUAUCUAUACGACUAUACUUUAGUUAUUGAAGUACCAUAUUCUCA